CUCCCAGGCCCCAGGAAGACGCCCCGAGAGCAGACGGCCACGGGCUAGGGGGCAGCCACCUUCCCCCCGCCGCCUGGCCAUGAGAGAGCGAUGGAUCAGAACACGUUCUCCCACAUCCAGCUGUGGUGCCCGCGGCCCUUCGGCACCUACUCCCAGAACAAGCAGUGCGGCGGAGGCCAGGUGAGGAAGACCUUCGGGGACUUCGCCUGCAAGGCCAAGGAGGAAGAAGAAGAGGGCGGCGGAGAGGCCAGUUCGGAGAACACCCCGCCUCCCCCGCCCCCCGUUGCCUCCCCCAACCCCGGCCAGGUGGAGGAGGGGGGGGUGCUCCUGGACACGUGGUACGUGAUCAAGCCCGGCAACACGAAGGAGAAGAUUGCGUUUUUCGUGGCCCACCAGUGCAGCAGCGGGAGCCGGGCGAGCGCCAUGAAGGUGAAAGGCAACUGGGGGAGCGACAGCUCCAAGGCCAAGCGCCGGCGGCGGUCGCACGACCCCAGCAAGGCCGCCAAAGCCGGGCCCGUCAAGGCCAAGGAGGCCGUCAAGGAAGCGGAGGACGUGUGCCUUUGUCCGGAGGCCCACGCCGACCCAGGCGGCGACACCGACCUGCUCUCGGUGGCCGAGAUGGUGGCGUUGGUGGAGCAGCGGACGGCCUUGGCCCUGCAGAGCUACCCCCGGCCGAGCCCGGCCUCCGCGCCGCCGUCCCCUAUGGUGUUCGUGUCCACGGACCAGGAGCAAGGCGACGGCGGGGAGAAGAAGGGGCCGUCGCUGGGGGGCGGCCCCGACUGCAGCCGGGUGGCCGAGGCCGUGGCCCACUUCGAGUCACAGCAGCGGGAGCGGAGCGUCCUGCGGCAGAACGGCCUGUGCCGGGAGUCGGCCGAGUGCGUGGCCAAUUCCCAGCACAGCCCCGGCGAGGUCCGCAUCGCCUUCCGGAUCUCCAGCAGCCGGGAGCCGCGCUCACCCACCGAGGCCGGCUCCGGCGCCCGCCCCAACUGCGUGUUCAUGAGCUGCGGGGGCUCGCCCACCGGCAACGCGGCCCGUGCCAAAGACAAGAUCACCUGCGACCUCUACCAGCUCAUCAGCCCCUCCCGGGACACCCUCCCCAACAACGUGGACUUCCUGCUGGCCACCGCCUCCCCGAAAGCGGCGGACGGGUCCGGCCCGGAGCCCCCGGACGUCGAGAUGACUUGCGGCGAGAGCCAGGGCGGCUCCGGCAAGCUGGACGCCAUCCCGGAAGGGGGCCGAGGCGGCGGGGAGAAGCCGGGCGGCCCCGCCGGCCCCAUCUCCCGGGAUUGCGUGUCGGGCUUCCACGUCGACGUGGUGGUCACGGGCGUGGUGGACCAGUGCGUCUUCUUCGGCAAGGACAGCACCAAGAACAUGAAGGAGGAGACGGUGUGCCUGACGGUCGGCUCUCCCACCCAGGAAGUCCUCUGCUCCUCUUGCGACGACCCACCGCCGGGGCAGCUCUUCUUCCUCCACGCCCAACCCCCUCGGCCCGAAGACGGGCGGGAGGGCAACGGCGCCUUCUUGGACGCCAGCAGCAGCGGCGACGGCGCCCCCGACGGGUCCGGCCUGGAGCCGGCGGCCUCGGACACCUCCCUGUGCCGCCUCUACCGCCACGUCUCCCACGACUUCCUGGAGAUCCGCUUCAAGACCCGGCCCCUGCUGGCGCCCCGCCAGUACAUGCUCCUCCUCCCGGACCACGUCAUGGUGAAGAUCUUCAGCUACCUGCCCACGCAGUCGCUGGCCGCCUUAAAAUGCUCCUGCCACUAUUUCAAGUACGUCAUCGAGACGUUCGGCGUGCAGGCCACGGACUCCCGGUGGAACAGGGACCCCUUGUACCGCGACGACCCCUGCAAGCAGUGCAAGAGGCGCUACGAGAAGGGGGACGUCUCCCUCUGCCGCUGGCACCCCAAGCCCUAUCAUCACGACCUGCCUUACGGACGCUCCUACUGGAUGUGCUGCCGACAGACGGACAAGGACACCCCCGGGUGCCGGGUGGGGCUGCACGACAACAACUGGGUGCAGCCCUCCGACAUGUUGCGGGAGCGGGCCGGCCGGCGGGAGGACGGGAGGUGAGGGGCGGAGGGCGGGGAGGGGAGUUUUUGA